AUUUUAAUAUAGACAUAUUUUAGUUGUAUUGAAUAUAGUAUAAUCUUAAAAACUACGGAUUGCAAAGGGAAGAAAAAGACUGGCCAUACUCUUGCCCCUACAUGCUUCCCUGUCGCUGCUCCCAGACUACAUUUUCUUCUGUUGCGAAUAGAGAGGUUUGCGGCCAUGAGCUCCCCAACGAAUAUUCAGCAGAUGAGAGCGUGCGUGGAACAACUAAAGCAUGAAUCGAAUAUAACAAGGAUACCUGUCUCACAAGCUUCGGAAAAUUUGAUGGCAUUUUGCGAAACCAAUGUUCAAUAUGACCCACUCGUUUGCGGAAUUUCUGCGUCAGCAAAUCCAUUCAAAGACAAAGCCAAGUGUUCUGUUUUAUAAUGAGCUGUUUCAUCUUUAUUAUUACCAUAGCAACGGACUUUGAAUCAAGACAGUUGCCGUAGCGACCUAUUAUUUUAUUUUUAAUAUUAUAUUAUCAUCCUGACGUUUUAUGAUAGUUGUCUGUUGCUCAGUCUAAUUAAUUUUUUUUUGCCACAAUUUGCUGCAGAGAGAUUGCACUUCCACACUGUUAAAAAUGCUUGUAACAUUAACCUACAUAUUGCAGUGUAUUCAAAUUUUGCUUGAAAAAAAGGAAUCUGCUACGGUAUAU